AUGGCGGUCUGGUUUCUAGAUGAUGAUGAACCAGAUGAUGAUGAUUCAGAUUAUGAUGUUCAUUCAGAUGAUGAUGUUCAUUCAGAUGAUGAUGAACCAGAUGAUGAUGUUCAUUCAGAUGAUAAUGAACCAGAUGAUGAUGUUCAUUCAGAUGAUAAUGAACCAGAUGAUGAUGUUCAUUCAGAUGAUAAUGAACCAGAUGAUGAUGUUCAUUCAGAUGAUAAUGAACCAGAUGAUGAUGUUCAUUCAGAUGAUGAUGAACCAGAUGAUGAUGUUCAUUCAGAUGAUGGUGAACCAGAUGAUGAUGUUCAUUCAGAUGAUGAUGAACCAGAUGAUGAUGUUCAUUCAGAUGAUGAUGAACCAGAUGAUGAUGUUCAUUCAGAUGAUGAUGAACCAGAUGAUGUAUUCAUGAUGAUGAACCAGAUGAUGAUGUUCAUUCAGAUGAUGAUGAACCAGAUGAUGAUGUUCAUUCAGAUGAUGAUGAACCAGAUGAUGAUGUUCAUUCAGAUGAUGAUGUAUUCAUGA